AUGUCCCGAUUCCUCCGUCCCGCAGCCCGCCUGGCGUCUUCAGCCAGAGCUGCCUCCCUCCGCACCUCCCCCAUCUCCCAAUUCAUUAGCCGGCCCGCUGCUUUCGCCAUCCAGUCACGGACGUAUGCCGACGCAAAGGGAACCAAGGACUACACUGUCCGUGAGGCCCUCAACGAGGCCCUCGCCGAGGAGCUUGAGGCCAAUGACAAGGUCUUCGUGUUGGGCGAGGAGGUCGCUCAGUACAACGGCGCAUACAAGGUCACAAAGGGUCUUCUGGACCGGUUCGGCGACAAGCGUGUCAUCGAUACACCCAUCACCGAGAGCGGUUUCUGCGGUCUCGCCGUUGGCGCUGCCCUUAGCGGACUGCACCCUGUGUGCGAGUUCAUGACCUUCAACUUCGCCAUGCAAGCCAUCGACCAGAUUGUCAACUCCGCCGCCAAGACACUCUACAUGUCCGGUGGAAUUCAGCCCUGCAACAUCACCUUCCGCGGUCCCAAUGGCUUCGCUUCUGGUGUCGCUGCGCAGCACUCCCAGGACUACUCGGCCUGGUACGGCAGCAUCCCUGGUCUGAAGGUCGUCUCCCCCUGGAGUGCCGAGGAUGCCAAGGGUCUGCUCAAGGCUGCUAUCCGCGAUCCCAACCCCGUUGUCGUUCUCGAGAACGAGCUCAUGUACGGCCAGACCUUCCCCAUGUCGGAGGCUGCUCAGAAGGAUGACUUUGUUCUUCCCUUCGGCAAGGCCAAGAUCGAGCGCUCCGGCAAGGAUUUGACCAUUGUCACGCUCUCCCGCUGCGUCGGCCAGGCUCUCGUUGCCGCUGAGAACUUGAAGAAGAACUAUGGCGUCGAUGUUGAGGUUAUCAACCUGCGCUCCGUCAAGCCCUUGGACGUCGAGACCAUUGUUCAGUCUGUUAAGAAGACCCACCGCCUCCUUUCCGUUGAGUCCGGAUUCCCCGCCUAUGGUGUCGGCUCAGAAAUCCUGGCCGUGACGAUGGAGUACGCCUUUGACUACCUUGAUGCGCCUGCCCAGAGAGUCACUGGUGCUGACGUCCCUACCCCUUACGCGGCUGGUCUCGAGGAGAUGGCUUUCCCUACUGAGCAGAUCAUUGAGAACUACGUCGCCAAGAUGCUGCGCCUGUAA